UAGGAAGCAUAACAGGGAGUGCAACAACGUGGAAGUCGUCCAAUACGCCUACGGUAUUCAAAUCUAACAGUGCAAAAACAUCACAGCCAGAGUCAUGAGUGCUCGGGUUUCAACUUUCAACCUUUGAAUAUCGGUGUUCGAACAAGAAGACAAAACUUUGAUCCCAGUCUUUCAUCGGAGCUCUCUCUGUUUGCGUCAAUGGCUUUUCUCUCAACUCCCCCUUUUGCUUCCACUGCUUAUCCGGCCAAAUUCAGUCAUCAUUCACUCGAUUCACCAGUCUUUACUCCAACAUUUUCAGUUUUAGGACUUGGGUUUCGAAGUAUCUCCCAUGGGGUGGUGGUUAGAAACUCUAAUCAAGCUGAACCUUUGGUUGAUUCCCCUCAAAUAGCUGAUGUUCCACUGUUGUCUUGUUUGGAGGCCAUUGAAAGGCUAAAAACAAGCCAAGAAAACCAAAAAAGCAAGCAGCAAUACCUGGCCAUGUAUUCUAGCAUUUUUGGUGGAAUCACAACAGAUAAAGCAGCCAUGGUGAUUCCUAUGGAUGACCACAUGGUCCAUCGAGGUCACGGAGUCUUUGAUACUGCAGCAAUAAUGGAUGGAUAUCUCUAUGAGUUGGACCAGCACCUAGACCGUUUUCUAAGGUCAGCAUCCAUGGCCAAAAUCAAUCUCCCUUUUGAUAGAGAAAGCAUAAGAAGAAUACUCAUACAGACAGUAAGUGCUUCCAAAUGUAGAAAGGGUUCACUAAGGUACUGGCUUUCAGCAGGACCUGGUGAUUUCCAACUAUCUCCAUCAGGCUGCCAACAAUCAGCUCUUUAUGCAAUUGUAAUACAAGAUCUAUCUCCUUUUGAUCAGAAAGGCAUUAAGGUGGUAACUUCAUCAGUCCCCAUAAAAAUCCCUCAAUUGGCUACCAUGAAGAGUGUGAAUUACCUGCCAAAUGUGCUUUCAAAGAUGGAAGCUGAAGAAAAUGGUAGCUAUGCAGCAAUUUGGCUAGACGAUGACGGGUUUAUUGCUGAAGGACCUAACAUGAAUGUGGCUUUUGUUACAAAGGAAAAAGAACUUGUGAUGCCCCACUUCGAUAAAAUUCUUAGUGGGUGCACAGCUAAGAGAGUUUUGGCUCUUGCUGAGGGGUUAAUGAGGGAGGGGAAGCUUCAGGGAAUUAGAGUGGGAAAUUUGAGUGUGGAGGAAGGGAAGAAAGCAGAUGAGAUGAUGCUUAUUGGCAGUGGAGUUCUCGUUCGGCCUGUAUUGCAGUGGGAUGAACAUGUUAUCGGUGAUGGUAAAGAAGGUCCUGUGACUUUGGCUCUCUUGAAUCUUAUUCUGGAUGACAUGAAGUCUGGUCCCCCUACCGUUCGAGUACCUGUUCCUUAUUAACCAAACUUGAUUCCAUCAUGUUGGUGCUGUAUGAUGGCGGGUCCUUGAACAUCAGAAUGCUAUGGUCCCAAAUUUUCUGCUGGUUUUUGAAGCCAGGUUUGGGAAUUCCUUCCAACAAAACCGUCUGCUUGUAAAUUGAACUGAUCCCUUUGAUGAAUGAUAAUUGACUGAAGUCCUUGAAUUUGUCCUCUUAUCCAUGAUGUGUAAAAUAAGAAGUGAUAAAUUCAACAUAUAUACAACUUGUUUUGGUGUCA